AUGAAUUUAUCAUCUCGCAGAGUCAUAUCAAAACGACAUGAUGUACGUUACAGUUGGGCGGCGGCUCUCGAUGCAGGGCAUUGGAGGCUGCGGGUGGAGUCAACGUGGGACCAUCGCAAACUGCAGCGACGGAUGAUACCAGCAAAUGUUCCACCUUCUACUCUCCGCCGUCAACCAACACGCCAACGCUGCGCAUGGCGGUCUUGUGACAGCUUUCCUUCCGUGAAGCCGAGUAAAAGAACGUCUUUCUCGACGAUAGUACCACUGGCCGCACAUUUGUCGGCGCCGCUCUUCAUUUUUGGUGGUUGUCACUGA